AUGUCGGAACAGAUUCAGAUCGACACUGGCGCCUUCCAGCGAAGAGUUCAGAAGCUUCUCUCAAGCUGGAAGGAUGGCAGCGCAGACUUCGAGCAGCUAGGCCAGGUCGAUUCGCUUCUCGUCGUCAUGGGCGGACAGAACGACGACCUCAUCUACUCCAAGACUACCGCCAUACACUCUUGGUUGCUAGGCUACGAGUUCCCUUCCACCGUCAUCCUCUUCACCAAAGAUGCCAUCACCUUCGUCACCAGCGCCUCCAAAGCAGUCCACCUCGAGGCGCUCAAAAAGGGCAGCUCCGGCUUAACCGUCGACAUCCUCAAGCGAUCCAAGGACGAGGCGGCCAACCGUGCCAUCUGGGACGAUCUCAUCUCCCGCAUCGACGCUCAAGGCUCCAAGGUCGGAUGUCUUCCCAAGGACAAGCCUGUCGGCAAGUUUGCCGACGAGUGGCAGGCCAUCUUUGAAAAGGCCCAGAGCUCCAAGGAUUUCAAAUUGAUCGACGUGAGCGCCUCUCUCAGCGCUGUCUGGGCCGCAAAGGACGACGACGAGGUCAAGUCCAUCAAGUACGCCUCCAAGAUGAGCUCGGCCGUCAUGUCCGGCUACUUUGAAAACGAAAUGUCCACCAUCCUCGACGAAGGCAAAAAAGUCACUCACGAGCAGCUCUCGGAACGCAUCGAGGGCAAGCUCGACGACACCAAAAUGUGGAAAAGGGUCAAAGGUCUCGAUGGUGCCGAUCUGUCGCUGGCGGAUUGGUGCUACACACCCAUCGUCCAGUCCGGUGGAGAGUAUGACCUCAAGACGUCCGCCGUAUCCACCACAAAGCGUCUGCAAGGUGCUGAUGGCAAUGGCGGCGUCGUCAUCGCAAGCAUGGGCAUCAAGUAUCGCAACUACUGCUCAAAUAUCGGCCGAACGUACCUCAUUGACCCCCACAGCAGCCAGCAAAAGAUGUACGCCUUCUUGCACGAGCUCCAGACCGAACUUGCCGACAAGCACUUGCGCGCCGGCGCCACGUGCAAGGACAUCUACACCAAAGCAGUCGACAUCGUCCGUGCCAAGGAUGACAAGCUCGUCGCCUCCUUUGUCAAGAACAUCGGCUUCGGCAUCGGCCUGGAAUUCCGCGACAGUGCAUACGUGCUUUCGGCCAAGAACAACCGUCCGCUGCAGCGUGACAUGGUCGUCAACCUCUCAGUCGGCUUCCAGGACUUGGACGACCCCAACCACAAGGGCGAAGUGUACUCGCUCCUCUUGAUCGACACGCUCAAAGUCAACGACGGCGCUGCAGCCACCUUCCUCACCGACCGUGUACGUGGCACCAACGACAUGGCCUUCUUCUUCAAAGAUGACGAGGAGGAAGAGGAAGAAGAGGAACGCAGGAGCCCCGCCAAACCAGACGGCAAGGUGACGCCAGGCGGCAAGGUGCUUCGAAACAAGAACCGAGGUGCCGCGCUCGACGACACGGCAGCCGAAAAGAUGAAGCUGCACCAGAAGGAGCUCGCGAAGCAGAAGCAAGAAGACGGGCUCGCGCGAUUCGCGGGCGAAGACGGCGAAGGCAAUGCCUCCAACGAAAAGGUAUUCAAGAAGUUUGAAAGCUACAAAAGAGAGAAUUUGCUGCCCACCAAAGUGGCCGAUCUCAAGAUCAUGGUCGACCACCGCGCUCAGUCCAUCAUCCUGCCCAUCUACGGCUACGCCGUACCCUUCCACAUCAACACGCUCAAGAACGUCAGCAAGAGCGACGAGGGCGAGUACACGUACCUGCGCCUCAACUUUGUCACACCUGGUCAGAUUGCCGGCAAAAAAGAGGACGUGCCGUUCGAUGACCCGGACGCCACAUUCGUGCGCAGCAUGAGCUAUCGCUCCACCGACUCGUCGCGCUUCACGGAGCUCUUCCGCGAGAUCACCGAGUUGCGAAAGUCGGCGACCAAGCGCGACGCCGAGGAGAAGGAGCUUGCCGAUGUUGUCGAGCAGGACAAGCUGAUCCUCUCCAAGUCGAGGGCGUACACGCUUCCCGAGGUGUUCCCGCGACCCGCCAUGGAAGGCAAACGAGUGCCGGGCGACCUCACUAUCCACCAGAACGGUCUGCGCUUCUCUUCUCCGUUGCGGCCGGACCAGAAGAUCGACUUGCUCUUCUCCAACAUGAAGCACCUCUUCUUCCAGCCUUGUGAUAAGGAGUUGAUCGUCAUCGUCCACGUGCAUCUCAAAUCGCCCAUUAUGAUCGGCAAGCGAAAGGCCAAGGAUGUCCAGUUCUACCGCGAGGCGUCGGACGUGCAGUUCGACGAGACUGGAAACCGCAAGCGCAAGUACCGAUCGGGUGACGAGGAUGAGAUCGAGCUCGAGCAGGAGGAGCGUCGUCGCAGGUCGCAGCUCAACAAGGAGUUCAAGGUGUUUGCCGAGCGCAUCGCCGAAGCGUCCGAGGGUCGUGUCAGCGUCGACGUGCCGUACCGCGAGCUUGGGUUCAACGGUGUGCCCUUCCGAACCAACGUCCUGCUGCAACCCACCACGGACUGCCUCGUGCAUCUCACGGAUCCGCCUUUCCUCGUCAUCACGUUGACCGACGUCGAAAUCGUGCACUUGGAACGUGUGCAGUUCGGGCUGCAGUCGUUCGAUAUGGUGUUUGUGUUUUCCGACUUUUCGCGUGCGCCGAUGCACGUCACUUCGAUCCCGACCACAUCGUUGGACGAUGUCAAGCAGUGGCUCGACUCGGUAGACAUUUGCGUGACCGAAGGUGCUGUCAACUUGAAUUGGGGCGCGAUCAUGAAGACGGUCAACGAGGAUCCGUACGACUUUUUCGUCGAGGGUGGCUGGGGUUUCCUGCAGUCUGGAUCGGACGAUGGCGGAUCGUCCGAGAGCGAGUCUGGGUCAGAGUUUGGUAGCGACAUGGACGAUGGGCAGGAGGAGACGGAUGAGGAUUCCGAGUCGGGCAGCGACUUUGGGGAUUCGGCUGAGGAUGAGAGUGGAUCGGAAGGGUUCGAGGAUGAGAGCGACGAGGGCGAGGAUUGGGAUGAAUUGGAGAGGAAGGCUGCUCGUGCCGAUGAGAAGAAGCGCAGGCAGGGUGGAUCGGAUGAUGAGGAGGAUUCGGGCAAGAAGAGCAAGCGUCGUUGA